GCGGAAGCGGUCUCCGUGUAGCUGUCCACGGGGCGAAGAUGCUGCGUUCACUGUGGCUGCGGCUGUGCCUGGGGCUCUGCAGCGUCCUCGUGGAGCCGGCCGAGGCCCCGCACCCCGGAGAGCCGCCGGAGCGGAGCCGGCCGUACGCGGUGCUGCGCGGGCAGAACCUGGUGUUGAUGGGAACCAUUUUUAGCAUCCUGCUGGUGACCGUCAUCCUUAUGGCUUUUUGUGUCUACAAGCCCAUCCGUCGCCGGUGACAGCCAAGCAAGAAAGUCCUGCUACAAGAAAGCCUUGUUCUCGUGAACAGGAUUAAGUUGUGUUGCACACAGGCUAGUAGAGAAGUUGGAAUCAGAAUCUUGCUACUAGGAAAUGACCUUUGAUCUGGACAGGUAGUAAAUGCUAACAAUUCAGAAAAGGUACCUAGUAACCUCUUUGGUUACUGGCUGAUGAGUCUGCUUCAUUUUAGUGUCUGACUACACUUGUUAACAGUGAGACCUGAAGCUCCAAGAUUCAGUGUAAAGCUGGAGUGUUCACAAGAAAGAACCCAUGGUGACCUUGUGUCCGUGUCCACACUGGAAAGAACUAAUCAUUGAUGCUUGCAAUAGUAUGCAGAGGAAGACCUAACAUAUAGACAUUCCCUGCUUUCGAGCCAUUCUGUCACUGUGAGCUAAGACUCACCCAUGCUUUUUACUGUAUUAGUUGACCUAGAACAUAGUUCAUUGCUGCUCACCUGUAUCGGGGUCUGCCUUUGAUGCUCCCCACAAAAGUCAGGGUUGCAUUGUGGGCCUGUAAUCAUGUGCCCUCUUGACUUGGAAGGCCAUGUUGGACUGGAAAUACUACUAGGUGAGCCAUCAAAAACAACUCCCUCCAUCCCACUCAAGCACACUGGUCUUCCUGCCAGUCCACAGCCUAACACAUGGGGCAGCUUUUCAGAUUGGGAACCUUAAGCUGAGUGGCCGGAGCCCCUUUCAGCCCUGGGUAUGGAGGCCUCAACCAAGAAUGUGUCCACCAUGCCGGCUGGGGUGUUUACAGAACCUCAACUUUGAAAAUGCUGCUGGGACAUGUGCUGCUGGUGAACUGUUUUCUUCACACUGAUGCUUUCAAACUUACAUAGCGGUGAGUGGUAUGUAUUUUAAAGAUGCUAAGUUUGUUGCAGGACUGGAACCAUAAAUCUUGGGCUAUACCUAGCAGUUGUUAAUUUUUUUAACAGCCUACACUUAAUGUGAAGUAACUGAUGAGGGAUAAUUAAAUACUGUAGCUGUCACGAUACUGUAACUGCCAGGAAACUGCAUGUGUUAGGACUUUGCUUCUAACCUGAUAAACUUGUAACAUUGAGCCACUGAAAUGUUCACUGUUGUGCUUUUAAGCAAAAUGUCAAUUAAAAUUAAAGUGAAAUCCUA